AAAGAAAAGAACAGGAGAAGAGAGGAGAACAUGAAGGCAGCACGACGGUGAACGAAACGAAGACGAAAAGGAAAAACUGACUGAACUCACUAAAAGGUCUGAAGGUUUUUUAAACAACCGGGCUUGAAAACCUAUCUAGUUUUUCACCAGAAAUAACCAAAACAAUGGGAGUACUACUGGCUUCACUGCUGCUCCUGGGAGCCAGUCUGCCAUGUUUCUCUGUUUACAACAGUGGCGAAUGCUUCUUCAACACUAAAGCAAGUUGUGAACACAUGGGUCAAGUGUAUGGGAUUGGGGAGAGCUGGAUAACCAGUGACUGCUACCAGUGUGUCUGCAUGGAGCCUUUUGGAGUAGGAUGCUGUGACCUUGCAACUAAGCCCAUUGACUACCCAGAAUGGUGUGAGAUCAUUCGUAAACCGGAUUCUUGCACCAGUGUUGCUGUGAUGAGAGUGAAUCACAAAUUACCCUGCCUGUGGGGACAGGGUCGUCUGAGAACAGCUGGCCAGCCUUGGAAAUCCGACAAUGAUCCUUUAUUCUAAGUUCUGCUAAUGAGACAAAAUAAAAAAUGUGAUGCAUGCUUGGAUAUGUCAAAAAAGAAAGGAAUCAUGUAGAAAUUUGAUUUUCAUAUUUAAUAUUGUGAGCAAUAUUUUGUUGUGCAUCUGUUGAUUACAGUAGAAGAGUUUUUUUUAUUAGUUUGUUUAAAAUAGUAUUUAAAAUUAAAGUCAUUAAUAAAACUAAAUGCUAAUA